GUAGCGACUCGUUAUCCCUGCAUUCGAUUAUUUGCCAAUAAUAUUUUUGAAAAAAAUUUUUUUUAUCUCCACCAAGUGUUUGACAGAUCGCUUGUAAUUUUUUUUCAUUACUAAAAAGUUAAAAAAAAAAAACCUAAUUUUUUUUUUUUAAAUAAAUUUGAAAUGGCAUUGAAAAUUAGUGUUUUCAGUCUCUUUUUUAUUUUAUGUGUCUUGGCAGUAACAAUCAAUGCCGGACCAUAUUUUGAAGAAGAGAUGGAUGGGAUGCCCGUUGAUUCUUCAGAUUACUCAGACAAUACUCUGGAAGAUAUAAUGCGUGUUGCACAGCAAAAACGUUCCCCGUAUAUGUAUGUCUUCAGACGAGGCUGUAUCCGACGUGAUGGAAACUGCGACCACAGACCAAACGACUGCUGCUUCAGCUCAUCAUGUCGAUGCAACUUGUGGGGCUCAAAUUGUCGCUGUCAGCGUGUAGGUCUCUUCCAGAAAUGGGGAUAAAUUUACUAACUACCCUGGGUAUAUAUCUAUAUAUAUAUAUAUAUGAAUAACAAUAACAAUAACAAUAGCAACAACAAUAAUAAUAAUAAUUGAUGCAUUUCGAGGUCUUCAGGCUCAUCUCGCUUAACUAUAAAAAUGAUGCCGCUUUUCACUCUUACCAAUAAAUUUUAAUCGUCUAGUCAAAUAAAAUUUUAUCUACGGCUCUUGCAAUACAGCUCAAUCCCACAAGACUUGUUUCAGCUUCGAGUUUCUCAUUCACUACGAUAAAUAUUUUUAAAACCUAAAGAUUCUCUUUAAAUAUAUCACGAGCUCUCAUUACGAUAAAUAUUUUUUUAUUCUAAAUUUAUUUCUCAAAAGGCUCUAUUUUAUUUAUGGACACGUGUAUUGUUUA